AUGAAGUUCACCGCUUCCGUUGCUGCUCUUAUUCUGUUGCGAGGCUCCGCCAUCGCCUUGCCUCUGGAGCCCGGUGUCCUGGCCAUUGGGGACAACCGACUUCCCUCGCCGUACCCGGAGGUCAAGGCACCGCAAAGAGGCCCCGGCUCCUGCGGCAAACCCGACCGUCCGAGUUCUGUUGGCCCGGGUGUCCCUAAGCCGAGCGCCAAGCCCGAUACCGAGCCCGAUACCGAGCCCGGUGGCGAGCCCGGCACUCAACCCGGCUUUCAACCUGGCUUCCAACCAGGCAUUCAACCCGGCACUAAGCCCGGCACUCAACCCGGCAUUCCCCAACCGGGCGACAACCCACCCAAGCCUCAACCUACAAGCGAUGCGGGAGGUCAAGUCCCCGGCCCUGAAGUCGACGACUACCCUUACAAGGGCCAGUGUGAUCAGAUUGACGAGAAUCAGCAGACAACAUGCCAGUGUACCAGCUUUGCCGCGUGGCGUGUUGUCAACCGGCUUCAUGCCGAUUUCAACGGCUACGCGAGACAGGGCUGGGGCAACGCAAACCAGUGGGCGAAUGUCGCACGCAACGCGGGUCUUGUCGUUGACAACACUCCCGCACCUGGAGCCAUUGCCCAGACUACCGCAGGCCCAUACGGACACGUCGCCUGGGUACACGAUGUCGAUGUCGAUGGCAACGAAGUCGAGAUUGAGGACUACAACGGAGCUGGGGGCGACAGGAGGUACGGAAGAGGCAAACGGUCGGCGGAUGAAUUUCAGUAUAUUCACUUUCAGUAA